UCUUGGCGCUAUCGGUGUGGCAUGUGUCGCUAAGGCUCGCGAGUUCCGGUUCCAGUAGGGUUUAAGGCCACCCACGCUUCGCUUCCCCCGGCGGUAACCAUUUUACCGACCCGGUUACCGCGAAACUUCACUUUUGCCACUUUAGGGGAAGUGUUGUGCACUAGGCCGAAUCUCCCACUCCAAGCCACUUCAACACAACCCACGACAUAAUAUCUACAAUUUACUGUACGUAUCGUGCUCGGGCAAACAGUCUGUGCAUUACCCCGCACGCUCUUUGCUGGGGAGUUUAGUUAUAAAAUGGUGGAAUCCUGGAUCGGUGGUGGUGGUGGAGGUAGUAGCACAUAUCGACAUCGAUAUCGCGCAUUGCUAGAUUCUGAAAUGAACGAUAGCGUGGAGAACGAUAUGGUUAAGACAGCGGUCACCACUUCUCCUGUUGGAGAUGAAGGGUAUGAAGUACCUAUACCUAGUUCCAAGUGGUGGACUAGAAGUCGGUUGGUUCUCCUGAGUAUCAUAGCCACGAUGGAAUAUGACUGAAUCCGAUACACUAGCUACCCCGGCGCCCUCCUCUUCAACGUUUCAACUUUCAUCCUCCCCGCCUUCUACUCAACCCUGUCAAAGCUAUGGAUCGCGCAGAUAGAUUCGAAAAUGGUUGUUACGACUGAUACAUGGACCUACAUCAGUACCGUAACCGAAGUCAUAAACGAAGGACUCCCGCGUGCCUCCUUUGUGAUUAUCGGGGACCGCACUUCCAGGACAAUCACCUCUAGGAUUGGGAUCUCGAAUACGCUCAUCAUCUUUCAGGCCGUGCUGGGGUUGUUGAUGUCGGUGAUUAUUGCGAGUGCGGCGCAGAGGUUCACGGAUACUUUCGUGCCUGUGGAGGUUCGGAAGGAGAGCGUCACGUAUGUUAGGAUUUCGGCGUUUGGGAGUCUGUUUGGCGCUGUGGAUUUCGCGGUUAGUUGUGCCACUCGGGCUUUGGAUAGGUGUGUAUAACUCCUCGCUCCCUCCCAGGCGCUAAUUGUGCAAUAAAAGGCCAGACGUCCCCCUCCUAAUCAGCACGGUGAAAACCGCGCUGAACAUCAUUCUCGACCUCCUCAUCCUCUCCAAUGUCCGCGUCGGGCAUGCAGACGUAGACGUAAAUACCCAAGCCGUCAUCCGCCUCUCCUGCGAUGCAGCAGGAGCUCUAGCGGGGGUAUGCUACUUCUUGUACGAGACGAGAAAGUUGUGGAUCCAUAGACCGGACGGCGAAGUCGGGUCUAGGAAACCGAGUGUGUUGGCACUGGUAACUUUGGCAAGGCAGGGGUGGUACACGUUUGUUGAAUCGUGUGUUAGGAAUGUGCUGUAUUUGUGGCUCAUUUCGGGGAUUGUGGCGAUGGGGUCUGAUUAUGCUACGGUAUGUUGGUGCUUACGGGGAAGAGAUUUGUUGUUUUACUAACAAUUUGUAGGCUUGGGGUGUGUUCAACACCAUCCGCUGGGGCCUUGUAAUGGUUCCCGUUCAAGCGCUCGAGGCUACGUCUUCCACCUUUGUAGGACACGCAUGGGGUGCCUGGCGACAUAAGGUUGGAAUUGAGACUCGAAAGCCGAAAGCCUCGAGGGGAGAUAUCCGCAGUGAGUUUAUGUUAUUCUGGCGUAGAAGAAAAGGACUAAUUCACAUUACUUUCAAGUGAUUAUGGAACCCGCCCUCAUAUCUGUCUGCAUAGCCCUUCUAAUUGAAGUUCCCCUUUGUUUCACGAUGUCCCUCUGGGGCACCCAGCCCUUUGCCCGCUGGCUCUCCGGCUCCGACACUGUGGCCGGAAUAACCGAGUACAUGUGGCGGGUCCGUUCCCUCCUUCCCUGAAUGCAAUGUUCUCAGACUGACCCCUACUUAUUAUACAGACAAUAGACUGGUGUUACAUAUUCUACGCCGUCUCCACGCAGCUUGCUAGCAUCCUCCUGGCCACUCGACCGCGCUGGUACCUUGGCCAAUCCCUCAUAUCAAACUUGUUCUGGGUGUUGCCCUGGGCGAUUGUGGUGGAGGUUAUCAAACUGAAUAAGGAUACCGCGUGGAAGUGGCAUGCGAUCGUUUUCGGAGGCAGUCUGGUGGUCAGCUUUGCCAUCAUCCUAGUCGUCCUGGGAGCGUGGGCGUGGAGGUUAAUGACUGGGAGGAGUAGGCUCUCGCCGGUUUAUUUGGUUGAGAGGUGAUGGGGUUCCUGGGACUGAUAUGGGUAAUGUGUGAUUUCAGUUGGUAUGAUAAAUUGAGGGGCUUUCGUUGAGAAAUAAUGUACAAGUAUCGUAGUCGAGUGACAAUAAGUUAUGUGAAUGGUUGUCUAGUAUGGGGUGUUGAAGUGCCAGUGCCUUUUUGGUAGUCUGCCAAUUGAUGUGAUAAAUCCGAGUACCACGUAACCCUAGCGCGCGCCCAAAAUAGUUGGUUGACUAACAAAUCGUUUUCUGCAGCGGUACGGUACAGUACUCGUGCAGCGCAGCUGAGG